AUGGACGCCAGGAAGGCCUCGAAAAAGCGCAAGGCGGUUACUCGCGACAUUGAGGAGGAAGCUGGAGUUUUCUCUGGCGACGAGCUCAGCGCAAAGAACCUCGAUGGCGCUCUGUCGGAUAACAACAAUGACCUGUCUGAGAGCGAGGAAGAAGAUAGCGACUCCGAAAUCGAGUUGAUUGACGACUUUUCCAGCGAUGAAGAUGAGGAAGACGGAGAUGAACUGGACAGCGAUGAGAUUCCAUCCGACGCCGACGAGUCUAACCCGACUACUCCCAAGGUUACACCUGUCGACAACGAGCCCAAUUUCCGCGUCGUCAAGGAUGCCAAUGGCAACGACCGCUACCUCUACGACGAAAUCAACCCCGACGACAACUCUGACUACUCCGAUAUCGAUGAGAACGCCAAUACUAUUGGUGAUAUCCCUCUGUCCUUCUAUGAUCAGUACCCUCACAUUGGUUACGAUAUCAAUGGCAAAAAGAUCAUGCGCCCUGCGAAGGGCGAGGCUCUUGAUGCAUUGCUGGACAGCAUCGAGAUACCGAAGGGAUGGACUGGUCUCACAGAUCCUUCCACUGGCAAGCCACUGGAGUUGAGCCAAGAGGAAUUGGAGCUGAUUAAGAAGGUUCAAUUGAAUGAGACCACCGUGGAUGGCUAUAACCCAUACGAGCCCCUCGUCGAGUACUUUUCUAGCCAGCAAGAGAUCAUGCCUCUCAGCGCCGCCCCAGAGCCGAAGCGUCGUUUCGUUCCCUCCAAACAUGAGGCGAAGCGUGUUAUGAAGCUCGUGAAGGCUAUCCGCGAAGGUCGCAUCCUUCCUUAUAGGCCUCCGGAGGAGCGCGAGGAGAAGGACGAGGACCUCAUCAACUACGAUCUGUGGGCGGAUGAGGCUGAGCGCAAGGAUCACCCGAUGCACAUUCCUGCGCCCAAGCUUCCGCCUCCCGGCUAUGAGGAGAGUUACCACCCUCCUGCUGAGUACUUGCCUGAUAAGAAGGAGCGCAAGGAGUGGGAGCAGACCGACCCCGAGGACCGUGAGAAGGAUUUCUUGCCCAACGACUAUGCGUCCCUGCGCAGAGUGCCGGGAUAUGAAAACUUCAUCAAGGAGAAGUUCGAGCGCUGCCUUGAUCUCUAUCUUGCGCCCCGUGUGCGUCGCAGCAAAUUGAACAUCGACCCCGAGAGCCUGCUCCCCAAGUUGCCUAGUCCCGAAGAGUUGAAGCCAUUCCCCACUGCAUGCGCCACCGUAUUCCGUGGACACAAGGGCCGUGUCCGCUCCCUGAAUGUGGACCCUAGCGGAAUUUGGCUGGCAACUGGUGGAGACGAUGGUACGGUUCGUGUCUGGGAGCUUCUGACCGGCCGGCAAUUGUGGAGCGUGAAGCUCAGCGAUGAGGAUGCGGUCAAUGUGGUCCGCUGGAGGCCCGGUAAGGAUGCGGUCAUUCUCGCUGCCGCUGCCGGCGAUGAUCUCUUCCUCACAGUUCCCCCGAUCGCCGACCCUGAGAUUGAGAAGACCAGCUUGGAAAUUAUUGAUGCUGGCUGGGGAUAUGCCGCAUCUAACCCUCCCCCAAGCGCUGCUGAGGCCAACAAGAAGAACACCCCCCGCAAUGGAUUCGGCCCUCUGCUGCUCUCACGGAUGCUGGAGUUUGCGUGGUUAUUCCUCUUCGCUACAUUCCCAAGUCGAUUUCAUGGCACCGUCGCGGUGACUACUUCGUCACUGUCUGCUCGGCAUCUCACUCAAUACCCCUUCCGCCGACGCCUCAAGGGUGGUGGUCCUCCCCAGACUGCGCACUUCCACCCUUCGAAACCCAUCCUCUUCGUGGCCAACCAGCGCUCCAUCCGCGGUUACGAUCUUUCCCGCCAACUGCUGGUCAAGAUCGUGCAGCCCGGUGCUCGCUGGAUCUCUUCCUUCGACAUCCAUCCAACUUCGUCCAGUGCUUCGGGUGGCGACAACAUCAUUGUCGGCUCCUACGACCGCCGCCUGCUUUGGCACGAUCUUGACUUGUCACAGCGUCCCUAUAAAACCCUGCGCUACCACCGCAAGGCCAUCCGUGCCGUCAAGUUCCAUCCCGGUGGUCGCUAUCCUCUGUUCGCCGACGCCAGUGAUGACGGCUCCCUGCAGAUCUUCCACGGCAGCGUCACGGGCGACAUGCUCAGCAAUGCUACCAUUGUUCCGCUCAAGGUCCUCAAGGGUCACAAGAUUACUGGCGAGCUUGGUGUGCUCGAUCUCGACUGGCACCCUCGCGAAGCCUGGUGUGUUAGUGCCGGUGCUGAUGGCACAUGUCGCUUGUGGAUGUAA